CCUGCCUGCAUCUCACUCCUUCUGCUCAUUGCUGCUUGUGGCUCAAUACCAAAACCUCCUGGCUGGAAUCACAACCCUGCCAGACAGCCAAGGGAAGAGCUACUGUGUGUGGAAGCUACCAUCCUGUCACUUGUAUCCUAUCCAUACAACCACUUCUACUUGACAACAACACUACUCCUUUCAUUAAGAAGACCACGUUUUCCAUCACGGUUAUGGCAUUGAGCACCUCUCCAUGGACAUUCCCACUGGCCUUGGCACUGCCCCUGGCCCUCACUGCACUCUGCUGGGCACCAACACCUGUCCUGGGUGGGUGCCCAUCAGCCUGCCGGUGUUCCUUUGCCAUGCUGCAGUGCUUGGAGCCUGAUGGCAUUGCCAGCAUCCCUGCACUGGCACCACAGGAGAGCGAAAACGUCACAGAGAUUUACAUUGAAAACCAGGUUACCCUGGAGAACAUUACAAGACACGACCUUGACAACUACAGGGAGCUGAAGAACCUCACCAUCACGUUCUGCAAACUGCAGCAUAUAUCUGCUAAUGCCUUCCAGAACAACCUCAAGCUCCAGUAUGUGAACCUGGCAUCCAACUCUCUGGAGCAUAUCAGUUGGAAGGUCUUCCAUUUUCUACCCCUGCUAAACUUGAUUUUGAGGGACAACCCGCUUGUGUGUUCAUGUGAUAUUCAUUGGCUCCAGCAAUGGCAGCAAAAUGAACGUGGCGACUUGGACAAUCAACUACUGCAUUGCUCCUCUGAUGGCCACAGCCUAUCAUUAAAUUCCUUGGUGAUGGAAAACUGCAGUGUUCCUGAGGUGACCAUCCUGCAAUCCAAUAAUAAAAUCCAGGAAGGUGGCAACCUCACCUUUGAGUGUCACGUGACAGGAGUUCCCAUUCCCACAGUGAGAUGGCGCACACACCAACUGCACUCCCACUACGACGUACAGGAACGGAUCUGGGGCGCCACCCUGGAGCUCAUCCUACAUCUAACAAAUAUGUCCUCCAAAGACAACCUCCACAACUUGACCUGCGAGGCUGAGAACCAGGCUGGACCUGACGAUGACAUGGUUAUGCUGGACAUUGAAUUUCCAGUCAAGAUUAUUUUCCUAAGAGACGCUGAGCCACAGCACCACUGGUGUUUCCCCUUUGCAGUGGACGGCAAUCCGGAGCCCACCAUCCGCUGGCUGUAUAAUGGCUCUACCCUCAAUGAGACCCGUUACACCUACACACAGCUCAUUCCCGACUCAGACGACGGCUCGGUCAAACAUGGAUGUCUGUUUCUCAACAAGCCCACCCACCUGAACAAUGGCCACUAUACCCUCAUAGUGGAGAACAAACUGGGGAGUGACCGAGAGACAGCCACGGGCAAGUUCAUGGACAACCCCUUUGACCUGUUUGAUUCCCCUGAGGGAAUGUUUCCGGUUCCCACCAAGAAAUCUCAUGAGGAUGUCACUGAAAACUUGGAGAGUCGAGUGUUUGGGGUGUCUGUGGCAGUGGGGCUAGCAGUGUUUGUUUGCACUUUCCUUCUGAUCAUGGUCCUGGUCAUCAACAAGUGUGGCCAACAUUCCAAGUUUGGCAUUCAUCGCUCCUCUGUUCUGGGCACGGAGGAUGACAUGGCUGUCUCCCUUAGAUUCAUGAACUUUGGGGCCAGCCCCCCCUCCUCAGAGGAGGGCAUUUUGGACACAGGCAUGUCCAGCUUUGUGGAGAAUCCACAGUAUUUCUGUGGAAUCAUCAAAGACAAAGAUAUGUGUGUACAGCAUAUAAAAAGACAAGACAUUGUGCUGAAGUGGGAAUUGGGUGAAGGUGCAUUUGGCAAGGUCUACCUUGCAGAGUGUGCCAACCUCAGCCCUGACAGUGACAAGAUGCUGGUGGCCAUCAAGACUCUCAAAGAUGCAAACGAAUCAACGCGGCAAGACUUCCAGAGAGAAGCCGAGCUCCUCACAGUUCUUCAGCACCAACACAUUGUCCGAUUCUAUGGUGUUUGCACCGACGGAGAGCCACUGGCCAUGGUGUUCGAAUACAUGAGGCAUGGAGACCUCAACCGCUUUCUCCGAGCCCAUGGUCCUGAUGCCUGUAUCCUGGAGGAAGUGAAGAUAGCACCUCUGGGCCAGCUCACCAUUCCUCAGAUGCUUCAGAUCGCUGCCCAGAUUGCCUCAGGAAUGGUUUAUCUGGCUUCCCUUCACUUCGUACACCGAGACUUGGCCACACGCAACUGUCUGGUGGGGGAGGGUCUGGUGGUCAAGAUCGGAGACUUUGGGAUGUCCCGGGACAUCUACAGCACAGACUACUACCGGGUGGGUGGACGUACCAUGCUUCCCAUUCGCUGGAUGCCUCCUGAGAGCAUCAUGUACAGGAAGUUUACCACUGAAAGUGAUAUCUGGAGCUUUGGCGUGGUUCUUUGGGAAAUCUUCACCUUUGGUAAACAGCCUUGGUACCAGCUCUCCAACAGUGAGGCCAUUGAGUGCAUUACACAAGGUCGGGAGCUGGAGAGACCGCGGACCUGUCCUAAGGAGGUGCACUUGCUGAUGCAGGGCUGCUGGCAGAGGGAGCCCCAGCAAAGACUGAUCAUCAAGGACAUCCACAGUCGCCUCAUGGCCCUGGUCAAGACCCCCCCAGUCUAUCUUGACAUCCUAGGUUAGAAAGUGUAAAGGUACUUGAAAGAGGGGGCCUGGGGAAAAGAAAUGGAGCAGGGACCAGGGGAAGGGUGACCGUGAAAAGGGUGGUAUGGUAGAAUGUUCGUUGUUGAUGUUAAUGGAAUUGAUCCAGAAAGAUAAGUCUAAACUUCUCAUCCCACCAAGGGUGAAAAUGUCCACAUUCCAAUGUCAGGUAUUGGUCAUUUUCUGGAAUCUUGUAAACAGUUGGAGAGAGUGAAGAGAUAUUGAAGGUGGUGGUGGAAAGGGGGGGAUUCUUCUUCUUCUGUUGAAGCCUGAAACACUGGCGUCAACUAUGCUGCUUCAACUGUCUUUAACCUGAUUGGUCCAGGCUCAACCUCAUCUCCUCUGAGUGAGGAGGAGACUGAGCACCUAAUAACUGUCAAAUGUUUACUGUUUGAUUGUUCUUUAAUUGACUUGGAUGUCAGGCUGAUGAGGACUGUGCAUGGCUGACAUGUUGACUAAACUUAGAAGGAGUCACUGUCGCCUAAGAAAAUGAACAAAACAUUUUUUGACAUGGAUUUUCAAGGAUUGUGCUUCUCUGCUCAUCUUUCCAGGGCAUUCUUUUCAGAAGUGAAUGGAUUCUUGGCUGUUAAAUACCCUGUUAAGUCAUUUGUGUGAUUGCAUAAGGAGUCAGUUAUUUUUGGUAGUUUGAUACAUAUGUACUAACAAACAACAAUCAUCAAAAAGUGUAAAAUAAUAAUUCAAUUGUUAUUUGAAGAAUUGUCACUUCUAAGUUAUGUAGCAGUUAACUGAAUCAACAGAUGUUGAGAUGACCUAAUCUAAACUAUCUAUCUAUAUAUAUGCCAUCAGUGAAACAACUGAACUUUGUUUUAUUGUCCUCAGCCCAGCAGAUAACCAAACCUAAGCAGUCAGCAUGUGUCCCUUUGGCCCCCUCCCGAAACAAGGAGAGUUGAAGCUGUCUAUCCACUGCAAAUUAGCAUUAAAAGUCCAUACCCAUACAGCCCUCUGAAUUGGUCAGAAGGUUUACUAUGUAAUUUAAAAAAAUCAAUUUAGCAACGACUUUACAAGGCCUUAAAAAAAGAACAUGAAGCCUUAAUUAUAUUUAACAUCGAGGCAACCUCUUUCCACCUAAAAAUUAUGAAAAUGCUUUGGGGGCACAAUUUUAAAAGAAGCAUCGUGCAAAGCAGUUUGAAAAGAAUUGAUCCAUUUUGAAAUACUGGAACUAAGUAGUUUCAAAGUGGUGGCUAUUUGAAGGGCAAUUAAACAAAAUACUGUAAUUUUUAAAAUAAAUUCACUGAACUUCUCAAAAUGGGAAAAGUUCCCAAUUAAUUAUAUUUAUAGACUCUGUACAAAGCACUGGAGUUGUAAAUCCCAACCUUCAUGACAUGUAUUGUUAUUUAUUUUAUCAACAUGUUGACUGUUUUCUUCUAUUAUUUUACUGUUGAAAGAAAUAUUUUGUAAAAGAAAGGGUUAACUUGUGUCACUGUACUCUUCAUGUUUUCUGACAUGUUAACUAUAUGUACAUGGUUAUGUAUGUACAGUAUGUGAGUACUACUUACUGUAAAUAUGUUGCUCUUAAAGGGUAGUUGGGUGUUUUAAAAAGUGAUUCACAAAGAGAAUGAUUUAGCGACUGAGACAUACAGUAUGGUAUUUAAACAUACUGGCUUAGCCACAGCUACUGCUUUCAUGGAAAUCUCUUAGCAGUCACCAUGCUAACCUUCGGUAACCUUUGACAUCAAAAUCGUGUGCAAAAAUCCAGUAUUGGAAAGAUAGUGACAGAUUCGGUGAGAUAGUUUCAAAUGUAACAGAUGGAUGAAAGGGAUUGAAACUGCAGGGGGAGAGUGACAGAUGGAGGUGAAAUAGAAAGAGGGGUACAACCAUACGACUCAAAACAAAUGUAUGUGCAAAACAGCAAGCUGCCUGGACCAUGUUUUUCAAUUCAACCUUUCACCUACAAACGAGAAAUGAAAGUAUGUGUGAUAGAAACAAAGUAGAGUGAUACCUUGGAAUGUAAAUAUGUAAAUACUGUGUCACUGUUACAGAAAAAGUAAUCUUUAAAUCUUGUUACCUAAGCACUUUUAUUAUCUACUCAAUUAAAGCCACCAUUGGUUUAAUAUAUCAGUCUCUUCCCUUUAAUUGAU